UCAGUCUCGUCUUCGUCGGCGUCUGCCCACGCCCACGGCUGCGUGACUGCCCGGCGCUGCUCGCGGUCCUCGAGGAUGUCCGCAAGCAUCAUCGCUGGCGGUUGGCGGGCGCCGGACGCAGCGCCGAGAUGAAGGACCAGCCGCUCUCCACACGCCUCCAGCGCGCAUCAGCAUGUCUCUGGACGCGCCGGGAUGCAGCAAGUCGCCAUUGAAAGCUUCCUCGCGUGCGCGCCCGCCCUCCAACGCCAGCCUCAACAUCCGGAGGCCCCUCAGUUCCUUCUGCUUGGUGGAAGGCUGCCAGACUCCAUCCUGCUUGCUGUCUCGCCGUCUGCUGCUUUCUUCCUGCCUUGCCUGCGAUGCCGACUUCUGCUGCCGCAUCUACCUUUACACCCUCUGUUCCCCUGUCCCAUUUCGUGCCCCAGCUGUUUCCUCUCUGCCACUGAAGCCUCAUCCACUGUCUGUCCGCACGGCGCUUACUGCUGCUCUUCUCACUGGCCCUCGAUCCGCAUCUACGCCGCACUGGCUUCAGGAGCGUUUCCAACUUUCUCGGCACCGACACUCGCUGUUCCAAGCUUCCACCGCGCCCUGACGGGACCUGCCAAUUGAGAAUCAACCAACGCACUGCACGGAGGACUAUAAUCCAGGUCGACUACCCGCCAAUCUCUCAGAUAUACGCUUGGAUUCGCUCUAUUUACCUUUUCAUAUUAUCAGUAUCAUAUUAAUGC